CUCGGUCUGGUAGAGAGGGCGUGUCAGCACGCAUGUCGAUGACGACGAGGGCAAAGCGCAAAGAUUUGCGCGCGCAAACGCUGCGGGCCAUUGCGCGCAUGGCACACGCAUCUUUGCGCGCGCGAGUGCGACGAACAUCUCCGCUGCGCGCCACGCUUCCUGCGCAUUGCCGCAACCUCGUGCUGGCGUGACCUGACGACGCCGAAGAGGCUCAUCGCCGAGCAGACCGCGCGCAUGUGUUCUACACACAGAGCGCCAACUCACCUUCAGCAGCUUGUCGUACUUCUUGGCCUCCUUGGGCGCGAUCGGCG